CUCCAGCACUGCACUGAAACCAUUAACGGUACUCUUUAGCAGAAAAAAACAUGAAUAUUAAAUGGAUCAUCACUCUCACGGUUCUGUUCAUUUCUGAGAAUAAUGGGAUUUCAGGAAAAGACGUGCGAGUGAAACUUUGUGGCCGUGAGUUUAUCAGGAUGGUUGUGACAUUGUGUGGAAGUUCAAGACUGAGACGAUAUGCACCUGAGAUUAACCCUGUGUCCAUCAGUCCUCACGCAAUUCAACACAACAGUGAUCUGUUUUUCAAUCUGACACAAAGUGAAGGUCAAACAAGUGACAACUCUCCAGAGAAAGUGUUGACGCCUUCAUUAUCAUUGUUUCUCAAAGUCAUGGAGUCUGCAGAACAUUCGAGCUCCAGGCUGCAGCGUGACGUCGGUCCUGCAGGAGUGUGCUGCAGAUCCGGAUGCACCAAGACCGAGCUGGUUCAAUACUGCUGAACAUAAACACUCAACACUGCUGAACAUAAACACUCAACACUGCUGAACAUAAACACUCAACACUGCUGAACAUAAACACUCAACACUACUGAGCAUAAACACUCAACACCGCUGAACAUAAACACUCAACCCUGCUGAACAUAAACACUCAACAAUUUAUUUGUUUUUAUUUAAUUGUGAUGAUGUAAUCAGAAAGAAACCCCAGUAAGUUUAUAUAAAUAAAAGGGAAUAUGCAUGUAGUUCAUAUAUAACACUGGUGUUUUGUUUGGUUGUAAUUUAUUGUCCUAUUUAUUUUUAAUUCAUUAUCUGAUGAACUAAUAAAACUUAAACAAAUCAA